CCAGUGUUGAUAAAUGAUAAUGCAUAAUUUUUCAAUGAACACUACCUAUGUGUUUGUGGGCUCAUACCUAGAUAUCAUGUGAAAUUGAUUAUUGUGUUGACAUUCAAGCCUGAGUAAUUGAAGGAGCUGUGGAAGACGUGAGUUGGGUACUGGCGUUGACUAUAAUCAAGUUGUUAAUUUGUUUAUUAUCGAGGUAUAUCAAUCAGGGCUGGUAAACCAUCCUUGGGGACGGUUACAUCAGUUGCUGAAGCUGUCCAGAUAUUUUGGGCACCCAUCUGUAUAGCUGCCAAUAAAGAGCUAAUUGCAGCCAUGUCACAUAAAGAAGAGGCGUUGAAGGAGAAGGAGCUCGGCAAUGCCGCCUACAAGAAGAAGGACUUUGAGGAGGCGCUGGCACGCUACCGCAAGGCGUAUAAGCUCGACCCUACCGACAUGCGUUUCCUCCUCAACCAGGCCGCCGCGAUGUUUGAGAAGGGAGACUACCAGACGGCCGCCAAGUUCGCCCGCGACGCGGCCAAGGUGGGAGAAGAGAACGACCCCGACAACAAAAAGCUGAUCGCCAAGGCUUACGUGCGCUCCGCGCGCAGCUACGAGAACUUCAAGCAUUUUUCAUUCGCCCGGAGAUACUACCAGGAAUCGCUGAAGUAUGAGUAUUCCAAAGAAAUCGAGGAUAUGCUGCCUAAAUUGGAGGAAACAGCGAAGAAGGUCGAUGUGGAACUGGACCGCCGCCAUAUCGGAAUGGCAGAUUUAGAGCGGGAAUAUGGCAACUUUCGUUACAAACAGCGAAAGUACGACAAGGCCUUAGAGUCCUACGAGGCGUCGAUCAGGCGGAAUGCUGAUAAGCCGCACGCGUUCAGUGACCGUGCCGAAUGCUACCAGGCGAUAGGCGAACACGACCUGGCGCUGAAGGACUGUGACACGAGCAUCCAUCUGGACUCCACCCAUAUGAAGGGGCACCUUGGCAAAGCCAUUUCGCUGAGGGCCAAAGGGGAUUACGAAAAUGCCCUGGAGUCUUUCCGGCGAGCCAUCCAACUCGACGAAAACAGUGUGGAGGCGCUCAGAGGCUACAAGGAGGUGAUGAUGAUCCUCAACAGCGACCCAGCGGGAGUGGAACGACGCGCGCGCUACGAUCCUCUGGUUGACGAUACCAUGAAAGACGAGAAGAUGAUGGAAAUUAUUCAACAGAUGCGGGACGACCCGCUCGCCGGCAGAGAGCAUAUGAAGGACCCGGAGGUGGCGCACAAGAUUCAAAGGCUGGUGCAGUCGGGUAUACUCUUGUUCCGCUGAUACUCCCGCUCUACCCUGUCGUCUGGAGCGACGGCUGACCCCGGCACGUGUCUCACCCGAAAUGGGCACGAACUCGGCCAGGCAGGGUCGAUAUCAGUGAGAGUCCGCCGUCGGAGCGCGUUCGUAUCGCGGUCGUGGCCGGCGCGAGUGUGUGUGUAUGUACCAGUGUGUACUCUAAGCGGCGAUUUUAAGCUGGAUACUGGUAGCCACCGGCGGCAGUGGCGCAGUGGCGAGCGUGGCGCUUAUGAUACAUUCGCGGUGUGCCGGAGUGGGACAAACCCGCCGUCCUGUCGCGCCCGGUCCAUCCGCAGCAAUUCGUGAUCCAGGGUGGGCGGUAUCACCCGAUGGGCGACAUUCCCCCGCCCUCCCCUGCCAUGAAUAGUGAUACGAUACCGUCUGUGUGUUAUGUAGGUGGCGCUAGGAUGACUGCGCGAGCAAGGCAUACUGCGCCGGGCUUGGAGGCUGAGCUUGUUAUUGAUCAUAAGUGCUGUUGCUAAUUGCUUUUAUCUGCCUGCCCAGACCAAUGUCUCCCCCUAAUUCCUAUCAUCCUUCCGGCUCUGCAAUGGUCUUGUCGACCGAAAGGGCCUAACCCAACAAAACAAACAAACAAAUUGCUUUUAUGUUUGCCAAUGACCGUCUUUCUAUCAAUAAGCUAAAAUAUAUUCAUAUGCUUUUUA